AUGCGGCCUGUCCACCUUUCGAACGGGUUCCCGCACCGCCUUGAGGAAAGACGCCGGCCUGUAACUUACCCUCACGUGCUUGUGGAGGCUUCGCUGGGGAGGAAGCGGACGACGGUGGAGGCCCCCCAAGAGUUUGAGGUUCCUGAACGGGUCGUUUAUGGGGAAAAGGUCCAGCAGCACGUUGAUGAGGUGGAUGCGGAGGAAACUGUGCAGGCUUUGCGGCGGACGCCAGUGAAGGCCCCCGAAGAGUUUGAGACCGAGUGUCCUGAACGGGUCGUUUGGGAGGGAAAGGGCCAGCAGCAUGUUGAUGAGGAGAUUGCGUGGGCGACUGAAGUCCAUGAGAGGGACGAGGAGGUGAACCAUAAACCAGUUGGCUUGAAGAAGGUUUGCGUGGAAGAGGGUCACGAGUGGGAACUCGCCCGGGCGGCAUAA